AGUUUAGUUAAAACAAACAUGGACAGAUAUUUUUUGUUGUUUUUAGUGAUCGGACUUGUAAGUGCAAAUUCACUAUUGGGAAACGAUCAGCAAAAAUGGGGGCACAUAAAAAUAAGGGAUCAUGCACACAUGUUUUAUUGGCUGUAUUACACAACUGCUGGGGUAGAAAAUUAUAGGGAUCGACCCUUGGUUAUCUGGUUGCAAGGGGGGCCAGGAGCAUCAUCGACCGCUUUCGGAAAUUUUGCAGAAAUAGGUCCACUUGACAUAGAAUUAAAUCCCAGAAAUUCAACAUGGGUUAAAAAUGUCAACGUGUUAUUUGUUGAUAAUCCUGUUGGUACUGGAUUCAGUUACGUUGAAAAAACUAAAUCCCUAACAAAAAACAAUAGAGAAAUUGCUGAAGAUUUUCUGAUAUUUUUAAAUGAUUUUUACGAACAAAAUCCAGAAUUCAAAAGUACUCCUUUGUAUAUUUUUAGCGAAUCUUAUGGAGGAAAAAUGACGGUUGAAAUAGCAUUGGUGCUAUCUCAGGCCAUCACCAACGGUAAAAUUGAAUGUAAUUUUAAAGGAAUUGGAUUGGGAGAUGCAUGGAUAUCUCCAGUUGAUACAGUUAUGAGUUGGGCGCCAUAUUUAUUACAAUUGGGUGCUAUCGACCAAAAUGGUUACGAUGUUAUCGAAGAUAUGGCAAAUAAAACCAAAAAGGCUUUUGAAAAUGGAAAAUAUCAGGAAGCAACUUCUCUAUGGGGCCAAACAGAAGGAGCUAUAACUGAAGUUACUUCAGGAAUUGAUUUUUAUAACGUACUUGCAAAAGUAAGGCCUUUACCAAAAGAUGUUGAUGUAAGAGGGCUUCUUUUUAAACCAGAAGGAACAUUUGAACCUAUUAACGAAAACAAACUGGAGUCCUUAAUGAAAAAUAACGUUAGUGUAGCUUUAAAUGUAACAAACGAAUGGGGAGCUCAAAAUGGGGAAGUAUUUCUAUUUUUAUGGCAGGAUUUUAUGAAACCGGCAACGUCCAUAGUGGAGGAGUUAUUAAAUACCACCGAUAUUAGGAUUGCAAUUUUUAAUGGACAGUUAGAUUUAAUAGUAGAUACACCGGGAACUGUUAAUUGGGUGGAUAAGUUGCAAUGGGUUGGUUCCAAACAGUGGAAAGAAUCCGAAAGAGAGGUAUUUUCUAUUAAUGGCAUAAACGAAGGUUAUGUUAGGAAACAAGACAAUUUAGCUUUUUAUUGGGUAAACCGAGCAGGACACAUGGUACCAUCGGAUAAUACAGCGGCUAUGGAUUACAUUUUGAGAGAUAUUACAAAUGAUUUUAAAUCAAAUUUGCUUUAAAAAUUAUAAUGAAGACUAUUGUCUAAUAUAUAAAUAAUACUUGGUAAUAAAUUAUUUAUUAAACAAAUGUUUGCGUAUUUAGACUGCGUUAUCAUAUUUAAACAUGUACACAGUUCGCCUAGACCAAAGUUUCAACAAAUCGGAUAGGUAGCUAUUUGUUUCUUACAGGAUGUAGUAUAAUUAACGAAAUCGCCAAAAUCAUUGAAUUUUUG